CGGAGCUCGCAAGCCGGCUGGGACAGAGGAUUGGCAGUUCCGGGGCUCGCAAGCGAUUUCUCCCGGGGAACCGUGGCUGUGAUCCAGGCGACCCGAGCCAGCUUGGGGCUACGAGAGACACGCCUUGGGCAACCAGAGUACCCACAAUGGGCACCCCAGCCUCUGUGGUAAGUGAACCACCCACUUGGCAGGCCCCCACUGAGGCCCGGGGCCGCAAGCAGGCAUCUGCCAACAUCUUCCAGGAUGCUGAGCUCCUGCAAAUCCAGAGCCUGUUUCAGCGCAGUGGGGACCAGCUGGCUGAGGAGCGGGCCCAGAUCAUCUGGGAGUGUGCUGGGGACCACCGUGUGGCAGAGGCCCUGAGGAGGCUACGCAGGAAGAGGACCCCAAAGCAGAAUGUCCUGGGCCACUCACUCCACCACUGCAGCCGGCUCAGCAGAGUUCCAGAGCCUAGCACUCCACUGACCAACCCACACAGCAUGUCUACUGAGACAACCUCCAGUGAGCAGUUUGGCAAGUCCCAGAGAACAAGCACCAGGAUCCGCCGGAAUUGGAGGAAGCCAGACCCCACAGGCUACCUUCACCAGAUCAGACACUGAUCACUGGGAGGUGCCCAGGAAUGGCAGAAUCCUCCACAGGAGUCACAGGACCUUUUGCCAAAAGGCCUCAGGAGAUGAAGGGAGACCUGAGGCAACAAGUCCUUUCUGGGUAAAUGAAGCAGGUGGCCACGGCCACCACCUGCUCAGCUCAGAAUAAAUCCACUGGACUUUGUAUUUUAUGGGAUUCACUGUCUUCUGAGUAAGGAGACAUCAGAACUGCUCCUGCCUCCAGCCUGCCCUGACCUAGCACUGUAACUGGGCUGCAUGAUAUUCCCCUAGGAGUCCAGGAAUGGGUACUCCUGUGCAGCCUCUCACCACUUGUCACUAAUGUGCCAGCUACCCAUUGUCACCAUAGUCCAAUAGGCUGCCAUCAGGCAGCACAAGGAAACCACAGCUUAAUGAGCAAAUAAAACGUUUGCAUCAAGAA